AUGGCGAUGACAUUACGAGAAAUCGUGCUAUGCGCGAUGCUAAUCUUUGUCAUUGGCGUCUCAGUGCUUAACCAAACACUAUCAUCAACAUCUAGCAUCUCCCAAAUCUUGCAGCCAGCCCAACAUAAUCCCCAAUCAUCAAUACCACUCUCAUCACCUUCCUCAACAACCCCCUCAUCAUCCACCCUUCAGAAAAGCCAAGAUAAAACCCUCCGCCUGAACCAUCUCCAAGUAAUAGGCACCCACAACAGCUACCAUCGCGAAGUAUCACUUCCCGAACGCGUAAUAUUCCCUUCGCUGAUGGCCAACGUCGACCCCGACGUUGAGAACUACUACUACUCCCACGCCUCUGUCACAGAUCAACUCGAGCAUCAGCGCGUCCGCAGCUUUGAAUUUGACAUAUACGUCGAUACCAAAGGCGGCUUAUACUCCGACCCGCUGAUCCGGCAGCGCGCAAACAUGUCCGAGACGGACAAACUGCAUUACGCCUUACCGCAGGCCGUUAUGAAAGAGCCCGGUGUUAAAGUACUGCACAUUGCCGAUGCAGACGUGGGCACCAUCUGCCACACACUCGUGGAAUGCCUAGGCCAAGUAAAAGCAUGGUCCAAGAGCAAGAACAAACAGCACGUGCCGAUCCCGAUCCUGCUCGAAUUCAAAAUGACCGAAGCGGGCAUUGAGCAGGCAGGCGGCGUGCGGGCUGAGAAAUGGACGGUUGAAGCUCUCGACCGCGUGGAUGCGGAAAUCCGCUCUGUUUUCGCAGACGACGAACUCAUCACGCCAGACGACAUACGCAAGCGCGCGCAGGACGCAACUGGACGAAAGGAUCUGACGCUUGAAGAAGCGGUGCUACUUGCAUCUACCAGGGAUGGCGGAGGGUGGCCGACCUUGUCGGCUUCGCGCGGAAAGGUGUUUUUCGUGAUGGACAACGAGCCCACGCAUCCCAUCCAAAUUCGAGAGCCGUAUCGAAGCGGCGGACGGGAGAAUCUCGAGGGACGGGUAAUAUUCACGAAUUCGGUGCCGGGCGAGCCCGACGCGGCGUUUAUCAAGCGAAACGAUCCGCUGACGGGCGAGAAUAUGCGUCAGAUUCGGGAGCUCGUGGCGAUGGGGUAUUUCAUUCGGACGCGAGCCGAUGAGCCAAUUCAAGUGCUUCUGCGGAAUGAAACAGGCAUGCGAGAUGCGGCGCUGGCGAGUGGCGCGCAUAUUGUUAGUACGGAUUGGCCGGGGGUGGGCAUGGGCGCGAGGUAUAAUAGUGACUAUGUUGUCAUGUUGCCUGGAGCAAGGGCAGCGAGAUGCAAUCCUGUGAAUGCCCCUGCGGAUUGUGAUGAUGAUAUUCUAGAAGACCUUUGA